CGUCGUAACUAUCAAUUUGAAGCGACUUUCAGUUAUAUUGCCGUUGUAGAUUGGAGAAGUACGUGAGAAUUUGUAGAGUUGAAUCGUCGCGGAAUGUCGGAUUUCAAGCAACAGUACAAGAAUCCGCGUCCAGGUUUUGGCCACGCGGGUCACGGUAGAGUUCUACGCGCUUCUAAGCACGUGGAAUCUCGCAGAGAGGUCAGGACACGAGCCUUCGAUAAGAACCGCAAAUUGCAAGAUGUCUCGAUUUCUGCCAGCCCGCUGGAGGAUACGUCUAUUAAAGAUGCACGUAUGAAAAAACUGUUAAAGUGGAGAGAAGAACGCAAGAGGAAGAAAAAGAUGGAAGAUGCUAGGAAAAAACCUGCAUUUAAAGUUGGUGUUGUACACCAUUCUGUGUAUUCUCCUGUGACUCGAAGCGCUGCAACUACAGUAACAAAUACAACUGUGGGUGCGAAAGCAUCUAAGCAAACAACACAAUCAAGUAAUAAUUUUCCGAAAGGAAUUACAAAAGUUACACAAAAACGAUUGUUAUCUAAAGCAACAUCUAAACAACAGAUUGUUACAAAGAAUAUAGCUUCAACUUCAACUAAAUAUCCUUCAAUGAAUAUGAAAAAACUAACAUCUAAUAAUAAAAAACAGAAAUCCUUUGCCCCGGAUAAUUGUGAAUUUAAACCUCCUAACGGAUUACUUAAAAUGCCUUUAUUUGGUCUUGUACAAGUAGAACAAACUCCACAGGAGAAAGGAGAUUUCUUUAUACAAGACAAAUCAACAGAAUGCAAGACAGUUGAUAGAAAUGAACAGAAAGAUACAUCAUCACAAAAAUUAAAUGAAAAAAUUCCUAAUACUAAUAGUACUACAACAAAUUUCAACGUUUCUGCAAGUCCAAAGUUAUUAUCAAAUAAACAAAAAUCAUUACAGGGAUUAAAUAAAUCAAUUUGUGAUGAUCUAAAUGAUGUUACACCUCAAUUAAACGAAAUUACAACAAAAUUAUCAUUGGAAGAAGAAAUACAAGAUUUAAUACAAGAUUCCUUUCAAAAUAAAUCUUUAUCAGGCAAUAGACAAACAUCACAACCAUCACAAAAGAAUACUCCAAUUAAUGCAUCUUUUGGUAAUGUAAGUUGUACGGAAGAUCUCAUUACUUUUUCACCAUAUCUCACAUUGAGUCGUGGCAAGAAGAAUGCUAGAAAAGAACAACAGCAGCGGCUGGGCAUUUAUCCUCGCUUAUCCUCCGAUGAAAUUCCAACCAAAGAUACUGUAAUGAAAAAUUUGAAUAUAUCUGUGGAAGAAGAGGAACGAACUGCGCAAUAUUUUAAAUUUCUAUUGAACAAAGAAACUGAGAGACUUAAGGAACUUUGUAGAAAAUGGUUGGACAUCAAAUUAGAAAAGGAUAUUCCAGAUGAUGCUAUGUAUGAAAUACAUCAAGCAGUAGGACAGACAAAUUUGCUAAUAAAUAAAAAGUUUGAGAGAUUUCGUAGUUUAGUAGAAGAUUGUGAAAAUGGUAAAGGAGAAAAACUAGUUACUUGUAGAGAUUUGCAAGGAUUUUGGGAUAUGACAUACAUGGAAGUAAAGAACUGUGAUUCGCGAUUUGAGAAACUAGAGCAACGUCAAAACAGUGGAUGGCAAGAAGAAUGCAUUGUUACCAAACCUGCUAUCAAAAAACGAAUGCCUAUUAAAAAACAAAUUGAACCAUCAAAACAUCAAGCCAAAUCAUCAAGCUCGUUACGAUCAUUAAUUAUGGCUGCCAGAAACAAAAAGAUGCAAGGGAAAACAAGUAACUUGAUGCAAGAUACAAAUGUAAAAGAUGUAAGUAUAAAAUAUUUUACACCUUCCAAAAAUACCAGAAAAUCUGUGAACUUUGAUGAUAGUACUGAUACGCAGUGUAAUACAAGGAAAUCUAAGUCCUUCGAGCAUACUCGCAAAUCAACACCUGUUCGACGUGAAAGUUUCAAAAGCUUGGUACAAGAAGUGCAAUUAUCGAGCAAUAAAAGAAUAAAGAGUCCAUUUGUCACUAUAAAAGUAAGUCAAAUGGGUAAAACACCAGAAAUUCAAUUAGAUGACACAAUAUCAUAUAUUAAUUCCGAUCAAACGCCUGGUAAGAGCAUAUUAAAGAAAUCGGAAGAAUUAGUACAUAAAGAGACCCAUACAAAAUCUGCACAUAAAGUCAAUUUUGAUGAUCAGAUAGUUCUAAAUGAAGUCCCUCUUGAUGAAGAAGAACAAACUAAAUUAAAUUUAUCUCUUGCUUUAAAAAGAAUAGACAGUCUCGAUUUGGAUGAAUUAAGCCCAGAAGAGUGUUUUGAUGCUGGAAAAAAAUUAAACUUUGAAACUGAUGAUUCUGAUCAUUUUGAUGAUAUGAAUGAGAUUUCGACGGAAAUACAAAGAUUAGAUAAAGAAAAACCAAAUAAACUGUCUAUUCAGGAUACCUUUGAUUCUAAUGCACAUUUACUUAACACUACAUUUGAUAAAGAAUCAUCACCAAAUGAUGCAAGGAUUAUAUCACCUAAGAAAAAAUUAAAAUAUCAAAAUCAACAUAAAAAUAUGGAAAAUUUAAAUAUAUCUGCAUCACCAUUAGAAACUGAAAUACCCUCUGAAAACGUAUUUAUAAAUAUUAUACCUGCAACACCGUUAGAAACUGCAACACCCUCUGACACAAUUUUAAAUACGAUAGAAAUGGAAAAUCAUGAUUUAGGGAUAAAGAUACUUAGAAAUAGAACUAUCACAACAGUUAAUAUUCCUAAAAAUGAUAGAACAAGCAAGAGUUAUUGUACUCCAAGGAAAAGCGUCACUAAAAAGGAAAAUAAGGAUCCUGUAAAGUUAAAUAGAAAAAGUUUGUUAAAAUUAUCUGAAAAAGAUGAAAAUAAAUAUAAGACACCAGACAGAGACAGUAUAACAGAAAUGAGAAAAACGAUAUUGACAGAGAAUAUUGAUAAGAAAAGAAGAUCAUCUCGAAAAAGUGUUGCAUUUAAUGCGGAAACAUGUUUGGCGUGUGCUGAAAGCAAACCAGUGUUACCUAUGACUCCUCAUUCGAAACGAAAUCGUAGUAAAACGCCAUCCAGACAAAGUCGAAGCAAACAUGCGUGUAAUGAGGAUCUUAUAUUAUGGGAUACACCAAAACAUAUUCCUAACAGAGUUACGAGGUCUCAUACGAAAAAUUAAUGAGUUUUCUCAUUACUUACGUUUAUGUAUAUUUGAUAUAAUACAUGUUGUAUUUAAUAAGCAAA